AGAUUUGUGUUGAAACCUCAGUGUGAGGUUGAAAACGCCUCAGUGAACACCUGCCUUCAUUAAUCAAUGAAUUUCAUGUAACCAGAUGUAUGUGAUGUGGAAUGUGAAGCAAUGGAGUUCCAGCCGACCCUGCAGUAUGGAACUUCAAUAGGGCUUUUCUUUUGCUUGUAACAGGUUGUAACUCUAAGGAUGCAACCACUUAAGAGUGAGGGUUGUCUGAAGAAGCUGUAUCAGUGUUUGAUGGGUUUAUAUUCAAGGGAUGCAUACUAAGACAACCUGCCAUGCAGGAUAAAGGUCCAGUGUGGGAUGUGCGUGUUGAAAGACGGCUAAGAUGAACAAGUUGAAAAGGGCUCGUCUUCAACCCCCCUGGGAAGGAGAGUGGCUGUGGAGACUGCCUAUCUUCUGUUGAUGCCAGAGUGCUGCCCUUGGUGUCUGUGGGAGGCAGAAGUGUAUCUGACCCGUCUACUGCAUUGUGCUCAGGAACUCUAGUGUUGGAGUCGGGAUGGCAGCAGCUGCCAUUCCUCUGAUACAUGUUCAGUCUUCUCUGUACCCACUCUCUCCCGAGAAAGGACACACAGGGAAAGAAGGGCUGGCCAAUGAGUUCUUGACAAACUUGAUACAGGAGCUGGUGUCCUUCGAAGAUGUGACUGUGCAGUUCACAGAGGAGGAGCGGGCUUUGCUGGAUCCUUUACAAAGAACUCUGUACAGGAAGGUAAUGCUGGAAAACUGGAAGAACCUGGUUUCACUUGGGCAUCACCUUGAUAAACCAAAUCUGAUAUCCCAGUUGGAGCAAGAAGACAAGGCUAUAAUAGAGGAGAGAGGAAGUAUUCCUGGCAUCUGUCCAGAUUUGGAGACUGUACUUAAAGCCAAAUGGCUAACUCCUAAGGAGCAUGUCUUUAGCAAAGAAGAUGCUAAUGGUGGGAAAACAGUCAAAUUGGAGGAAAGAGAUCAUCAUGGAAUGAAAAUCAAUGAAUGCAAUCAAUGUUUUAAAGUCUUCAGCACGAAAUCUAACCUUACUCAGCACAAGAGAAUUCAUACUGGAGAAAAACCCUAUGACUGUAGUCAGUGUGGAAAAUCCUUCCGCAGUAAAUCUUAUCUUACUGUUCACAAAAGAAUCCAUAAUGGGGAGAAACCAUUUGAAUGCAAUCACUGUGGAAAAGCGUUUAGUGAUCCCUCAUCCCUCAGACUUCACGUAAGAAUUCACACUGGGGAAAAGCCCUAUGAAUGUAACCAGUGUUUUCAUGUCUUUCGUACCAGCUGUAACCUCAAAAGCCACAAGAGAAUUCACACAGGGGGUGAGAAUCACCAUGAAUGUACUCAGUGUGGAAAGGCCUUCAGUACAAGAUCCUCUCUCACUGGACAUAAUAGCAUUCAUACUGGAGAAAAACCCUUUGAGUGCCAGGAUUGUGGGAAAACCUUCAGGAAGAGCUCAUAUCUAACCCAGCACUUAAGAACUCACACUGGAGAGAAGCCCUAUGAAUGUAGUGAGUGUGGGAAAUGCUUCAGCAGUAGCUUUUCUCUAACUGUGCACAAGAGAAUACAUACCGGAGAAAAACCAUAUGAAUGCAAUCACUGUGGGAAAGCUUUUAAUAAUCUCUCAGCUGUGAAGAAGCACUUAAUGACUCAUACUGGGCAAAAACCCUAUGGAUGUAACCAUUGUGGAAAAUCUUUCACCAGUAACUCCUACCUCUCUGUGCACAAAAGAGUACAUAACAGGUGGAUAUGAAUUGUGAUGAGAAAUUACUGAGAGAAAGCUUUGUUGAUCUAAGAUAACUCGAGAGAGUUUACAUCAGGUGUACAUGUUAUCUAUUGGUGUAUAAACUCACCCAAAUUUUGUGGCUUUAAACAAAUACCUCACACUUUAUAGGUCAGGAAUAUGAGGACACCUUAGUUGUGUAGUUCUUCCUCAGGACUUCUCAUGAGCUUGCAUUCAAGACAUCAAACAGAGCUGCGUCUUCUAAAGUUGUCAUUGAAGGAACCACUUCUAGGAUGGCUCCCUCUCACAUGCCUAGGAAUUGACUGCUGGUACACUGACUCACCGUGUAGGCCUCUCUGCGUGAUUACAUAUCUUUAUAAUAUGGCAAAAGAACAAUCCCUCCCCCAAGGGAAGGGUGAUUCCUUCCAAGAGAAGCCAAUUAAAAAAUGAAAUAUGACCUGGCCUCCAAAAGGUGUAUUUUCACUUCUUCCCUACUGCAUUCGUCAAACACAGACCGACCUUGACACAGUGUGGGAGAAAACUACAGAUUAUCUGAGGGUCAGGAGACAGCUCUCUGAGAACCAUCUGAGAAACUUGCCAGGAAAGUAAUGAAGUUUUCAAUAGACCUUAAUCCUUUUAAUCAAUGUGAAAUGACAUUUGGUAAAUUGUUAAAUCUUUCUGCAAAGACACCUGUGUGAUAAAGCUUUUUAGUUCACUUAUAAUAUGUCCCCAAGAUUAUGUAUUAGAAAAAAACUGGUAAGUAGAAUGCUGGUCAUGUGGUAAUGGUCUUCAGUGAUGUCAGUCCUUACAGUCUUUCUUGUGGGAAAUCACACCACUGAAAAACAAAAGAAAUUCAGAAAACUGUAUAGCAAAGUGUUCACAUUACUCACCACAGAUAAUGAGGUGCUCUGCUGUGAUAAUGGGAAAUCUUCGACUCUUUUCCUUCCUUAAAGAGGUAUGAAAAUGCUUUCUGAUAAGCCCCCUUGAGUAUCAUAGGCAUUGGCAAGUGUUUGAGGAUUCCUGUGAUGCAGGAAAAAAUUGGCAAUAAUUCUUCUAAGCACAUAAAUUAGAGGGACACCUUAGGAAAGUGAAGUAAUACAUGUCAGGAUGCUCCAGCAUCAGCUGUCUGCUGAGUAACUGUAAUAAUUUAUACAGAAAAUGAAAUGGAUGAGUGUGGGGAUGCCUCUACCAGUAGGUAGUAUCUGUAGGUUCAGUUACCAGUUUAUUAAUUUUCAAUCUUUGUUUUAUAAACAUGUAUGUUUAUAUGUAUAACCCCACCCCAAAAAACAGCCCUUCACUUUUCCAGAAAUUCAGUGUAGUGUAUUUAUAGCUUGUCUUCUGAAGGGCUGGGUGUGGUGGCACACACUAGUAAUCCUAGCGCUCAGGAGGCUGACAAGGUAGAUUGUGAAUUUGAUGCAAGCUAGAACUGGCUAACAUAGUAUUUUUGUCAAGAGUAUAGGACUUUUUGAUAUUGAUCUUUUUUCUUCUUUCUGUCCUGCAAGUACCUAGUGUCCAUUUUGUGCUGCUUAAGGCCAACAAGAUGGCUCACUGGGUGAAGGUGCUUGCCACUAGACCUGAUCACCUGAGUUCAGUCCCCAGAACCCAGACAGUGAAAGUAGACAACAGACUCUGACAUCCACACAUGUCAGCCCAACAACAAAAUCAAUAUUUUUUUAAAUCUGCAAGUGUAUUAAAAUAAUAUGCCAGGAUUUCUUAAAGCCUCAAGACUGGCACCAUGAAAUUUGGAGGCCGAAGGAAAAGCCUGACUUCUCAUUUAUUUUCUAUUCCUCUCAUACUUUCUCUUGGCAAGUGGCUGUAUGAUCUGGAGUGCGAAUUGUUUUCUCUUGUUUUGAUCAUGAUGAUGUAAGCAGUGGAACAGUAACAAUGAUUUAGUUUCCUCAAAAACCUCUGACUGCCGGGCGGUGGUGGCGCACGCCUUUAAUCCUAGCACUUGGGAGGCAGAGCCAGGCAGAUCCCUGUGAGU